CUCUACUUUAAACUAUCCUACCUUCCCACGGCAAUUGAAUGUCACUCUCUACGUCGUAACGACUUGUAGACCCAUUCUCUUUCUAGCCUCGUCUGUCUUGGCUGGGCUGGGCAGGGCAGGCUUUCGAAUUUUGCUCGAGUUCCUCCGAUUAGUCGUCAACCGAAGGAAUUCUUGUUGGAAUUCGAUUUCUGGUGAUUGCGACUGCUGCAAUGCCGUCCGUCACAUCGCCUCAGUGGCAGGAGAAGGCUAGCGGUUUCUUUUCUUCCUCAGGGGUGAAGCUUAAAGAAGCCAGGCAAUCGGCCGGGACAUUUGUGGGGGAGGUUGCAAAGGAUGCGAAGUACAACUUCACUGAUGUGGCGGAGCGUGUUGGCUCCAUGGUGAAAAGUCGAUGGGCAUUUCUACAGCAGCCAUCCACAAGGCACGCCGUUCAGGAACGUCUUAUAUCCGCUGCUGCUACCACCGGUACAUUGCUUAGGAAGGGCGUCUCCGAGACAAAGGACAAGGUUGUCGUCGGGAAGACAAAAGUUGAAGAGGUGGCAAAGAAGACUGCGCAAAAAAGUAAGACCAUCUUGACUGACAUUGAAAGAUGGCAGAAGGGAGUUGCUAGCACUGAUGUAUUUGGAGUUCCAAUUGAGGUCACAGUGCAACAACAACAAUCCAGCAGGCCCAUUCCCCAUAUUUUGGUCAAAUGUGCAGACUAUCUCAUAGUAUCUGGAUUAAACUCACCAGACCUUUUAAAGUCUGAAGGAGAUAAAAAGGUCAUUCAACAAUUGGUUUCAAUAUACAACCAAGAUUCAAAUGCGUCAUUACCAGAGGGAGUAAAUCCAGUCGACAUAGCAGCUCUAAUAAAAUGCUAUCUAGCCUGCCUUCCUGAGCCACUAACUACAUUUGAGCUUUAUAAUGAGAUCAAAGGUGCCCGUUCUAGCAUACAUGCAAUGAGAAACAUACUUAAGAGGCUUCCUAUUGUAAACUACAUGACCCUGGAAUUUAUUACUGCUCUGUUACUCCGUGUUAGCCAGAAGUCACUUCUUAACAAGAUGGAUGUCCGAAGCCUUGCGAUGGACAUGGCCCCCCUUAUUAUUUGGCAGAGGGGACGGAAACCGGAAUUUUAUAAGAAAUAUUGGAGUGAACCAUCCAAUGGUCCUUCCAAAAAUUUGGAUCCCCCGCCUAAUUACAGUGCAUGGGACAUGCUUGCUGAGGAGGGUGAAGCUAUGGACGCAUCCUCUCUCAUUCCCUUGGACGAUGGCAUGCCUGUUGACUUUGGUGCUAUUGAGGUUGUUCAGUGUCUUAUAGAACACCACAAUGCAAUUUUCACAGAUGCAAAUGAGACGAUUUGGAGAUGAAUUGGAAUGACUUUUUUCUCAUACAUCACCAAUUAUUUGGCAAGGAUGAAUUCCAAAUCUGGUCGUGAUGAUCAUGGGACAGCACGGGAUGUGAUGUUCGUUAAAGUAGACAGAAUUACUGUAUAUUGGUCUAUAUGUUGUAUUUAGGGAUCAGGGCGUACUGGAACUAGGAUUAAAAUGAGUAUUGAAUUUUUGCCGCUUGAGGAAUGGUAUUUUACCCAUGCAUAUCUUCAGAAUAUUGAUAGUUCUAUACUUUACAAAUUCAUUGUUAUAUAUAGCCUUGAAAUUCUCGUC